GUUCUCUCUCUCUUUUCCUCUAUCGGACCAAGGUGAGACAGACUAAACCCAUAGGUUUCUCUCUUUGAAAGGACCCUUGGUUGCAGGAUAGCAGGAAUGUACAGUAGCCAUGCUUGUCCUUCUAUGUCUUGAAUCAGAAAGCAUGUCACUGCCGGUGGAUGCAGCGAUUCGCUUUCUUUUUUUUCCCACUCUUUCCAGCAAUGGUGGUGGCAGGACAAGGAUAUGUUACAGCGACUCAACAAGCUUGGCGGCACAAGGCGCACGGCUCGUCGAUUCCGCUUAGGCUUUCUUUUUUGCAGCAAUGUUGCCCGUAGGGACCAAUGUGGGCGCUUUCGAUUGGAUUCUCAUUGCUAUCCAGCAUGCAGCCAGGCAGGCAGUCGGCGCCAAUGCAGGCAAUGUAUGCGUAAUGCAUCUGGCUCUGCCCAACCAAGGGUUUGUUUGGUGCUGUCAGUGGCGCAACCUGGCUGAUUGGGUACGAUCAAACAACGUUUAGGAAUGCAGCUGCAUCGGCAGUCCAUCGUAGCGAGGGGUCCUGUCUACGCCAUCCCAGCAAAACUGCAGCCCAACCCCGCGCCAUAGUGACUGAGCAGGAGCAAACCCCAGCUUAGGCUUUGUCGCACCGCCAUUGAGAGCAAGCUAGACACACCCCGUCGGAGAGACGCCGACUGAAGAUGCAGAUUAGCGGGGUAUCAAGCGAGCAAGGAAGAAAAAGAAACGAGUUACACGGUCCUGACCUGGGCUUCGCGCCAGCCUUCAAACGGUGCAUUAGACCAAGGAACACAAAAAGCAACGACUGCAUGGGGAACACACGCGCCGUACCGCUGCCGACUUACACGGCAGACGGACGCCGCCAAACGCGAGAUGCAGGCCAACAGCCCCUUUGCAAUUAUUUUUCCUAGCAUCUGCUAUAUCUUGGAGUUGCGUAUUGUUUGAUACACACAAACUCAAUUCAACAGAUAUCCUGGAUAAUUUUUUUCGGGGUUCCCUGUUCUACAAUGCUACCACAGCAUACUGGGUGGGCUACCCGCCCACGCUGGCACCAUCACCAAAAUCUCUCCACUUUGGCCCGAUGUGGCCGGUGCCAGCCAAAUGCGGCCCGCACCAAACGACACCAAAAAGCGGUUUUUUCCAACGUCACCAGUCAGACUGCGCCGCCGCCAAUUGCGAGAAAAGAAGCCUCGGACUCUCGAAACGCAUCUGUAAAAAUUAAACAACCUCUUCUUGCGCUCCAAUUGGUGCCAUCUUCCGCACACUUUGGCCGCCCGGUGACUCUUUGCCGCCCUCCAUCAGCCUAGCACGCGCGCAUCGCCAGACCCUGGUUCAAGAUGCCGGCAUCCGACGUCGUCACCCUUGCAAGCUUGCCAGAGAAGCUGGAGACGUGGAGAAAGGAUGCGGGAAACCAUCUCUACGCCAUCGUGGAUAUGGGAAGUAAUGGCAUUCGCUUCUCAGUUACGUCGCUUGCGCCGCCAUUCACUCGUUUGCUAAGACCCGUGUUUGCAAAGCGUGCUGCCAUUUCCCUCUUUGACGCCCUUACACCGUCGCCAAAGGGCCUCAUCUUCCAGAAAGACACCAUCAACAGCGUCGCCGAAGCUCUUGCUGGCUUCCACCGUCUCGCUGUUGCCCACAAUGUCGCCCCCGAACACAUGUUUGUCUUUGCGACGGAGGCUAUGAGACGCGCAGACAACGCCGGCGAUAUGUUGGCCGCUAUCAGCAAGGCUACUGAUGGCCUUGGUGUACAGAUUCUCGAACCCAGUGUUGAGACGCUCUUUGGCGCCGUCAUGGGUUCCAGAAGCGGUGUUGUGGGAGUUCCCAAGGGAGCCUUGUUCCUGGAUCUCGGCGGCGGCAGUGUGCAAAUGACAUGGGUAGACACAAGCGCGAAAGAGUAUGAGAUCAAGGCUGCGACGGCCGGAUCGAGCAUGCCGUACGGCGCCGCAAAGCUUAUGCGCAUCCUCACCGAGCAGCCUGUUGAAAAGCGCCAGGUGGAAAUCAGCACGCUGCAAAGCGGCAUGAAGACGGUCUACGGGGUCCUGUGCUCGCAGUUCCCGGCCCUCAAUGCCCUCAAGGUCGCUCACGAGCGCGGCGAAAAAGCCCCCAUCGACGUCUACAUGUGCGGUGGUGGCUUCCGCGGUUAUGGAAGUAUGCUCAUGUACAGCGACAGCAUCUCACCGUACCCCAUCUCUUCCGUCAGCACAUACACAGCCACUGGCGAGCAGUUUAAGCAAACAGCAAAGAUGAAGACGUUGAACAUUUCCGUAGACGGCAAGAUCUACGGCAUGUCAAGACGGCGCAGACAGCAGUUCCCUGCUAUCUUGCAUGUUAUCGAGGCCUUCAUCCAAGCGGUGCCCAACAUUGGCAAUGUGACCUUUUGCGGCGGAUCGAACCGAGAUGGCGCACUUAUGAUGCUUAUGGAUAAGGAUGUCCGCGAGAGCAAUCCGCUAGAGGUCCUAGCCAAUAUUUCCGAUGCCGAGAAGCCCAUCUACGAUGCGGCGUUGGGUAUCCUCCGAAAGUCUGUCCCAGAGGACGUACCUCUGUCAGAGAUUGCCACCAUUCUUACUCCCGGCGUGGGAUACCUAUUCCUCAAGCAGCUUUGGAGCCGGCGCGGAUACGGUGCCGAUACGAAUGCAGCGUAUGCUCUGCAUGAUGCUGUUCAGCGUGAUUCGGACUGUCCCGGAUUGACACACGUUGCACGUGCUGCGCUGGGCGUCACGCUUUGCUUGUGCGCAAAGGGCAAGCUCACCGCUCCCGAUUAUGCCGUUCUCACCGGCCUGGAGGGCGUCCUGCGGCGACAACACCCCCAGGCAGCCUUUUGGGCUCGCUACCUGGCUGCCAUGGCCCGGGUCCUCGCAGAGGUGGUGCCUUGCCUACCUGCUUCAGCGGAAGAUUUGGUCAAGGCUAUCAAAUUCGAAGGCACAUUUGUCACCAAGGACGAGACGAAAAAUGUCUCGCUGGAUCUCGGUAUCUCGCACAAAUACGAGCGCGGCCUCACCUUUGAAGACAUUGGCGCCUCGGUAAAGGACAGCUUUAAAAAGAAUAAGGAGGCUGGCGCUCCCAAGAAGGUGUUUACACAAGUAUAUCAUCUCCCGUAAACUUAAAAUAGAAAAUAGACUUAAUUGCUGUUAUGU